AUGGGUGAAAAUAAUAUUGAUCGUAAGUUAGAAGAGAGAAUGGAGUUUUCUACCUCAAAAGAAGUAAAUGUGAUUCCAACAUUUGAUGGAAUGAUAGAAAAUCUUCUCCGUGGUAUCUACGCGUACGGAUAUGAGUCUCCUUCUGCAGUCCAAUCCCGUGCCAUUGUGCAAAUCUGUAAAGGUCGCGACACCAUAGCACAGGCGCAAUCCGGUACCGGUAAAACCGCGACAUUUUCAAUCAGCAUGCUUCAAGUAAUCGAUACCGCCGUGAGAGAGACACAGGCUCUUGUACUAUCUCCCACACGAGAGCUUGCGACCCAGAUUCAGUCCGUUGUUAUGGCCCUAGGGGAUUACAUGAAUGUGCAAUGCCAUGCUUGUAUAGGAGGAACCAACGUAGGAGAAGACAUACGCAAGCUUGACUAUGGUCAACACAUAGUUUCUGGAACUCCAGGUCGGGUAGCAGAUAUGAUACGUCGCCGAAAUUUACGAACCCGGCACAUCAAAAUGUUAGUUCUUGACGAGGCCGACGAACUUCUCAAUCGUGGAUUUCGGGAGCAAAUCUACGACGUUUAUCGAUAUUUACCCCCUGCUACUCAGGUUGUAGUUGUCUCGGCUACUCUUCCCCAUGACGUUCUCGAUAUGACGACUAAGUUUAUGACGGAUCCGGUCAGGAUUCUUGUUAAACGUGACGAAUUGACAUUAGAGGGUCUCAAGCAGUACUUUAUUGCUGUAGAGAGAGAGGAAUGGAAAUUCGAUACAUUAUGCGACUUAUACGAUACGCUCACUAUCACACAAGCCGUUAUUUUUUGCAAUACGCGAAGGAAAGUUGAUUGGUUAACGGACAAGAUGCGUGAAGCCAACUUUACAGUGUCUUCCAUGCAUGGUGAGAUGCCUCAAAAGGAAAGAGAUAGUAUAAUGCAGGAUUUUCGACAGGGCAACUCAAGGGUAUUAAUUUCUACAGAUGUGUGGGCUCGUGGUAUAGAUGUACAACAAGUUUCACUUGUUAUCAACUAUGAUCUACCAAGUAAUCGUGAGAAUUAUAUCCACCGAAUAGGAAGAAGUGGUAGGUUUGGACGUAAGGGUGUUGCAAUCAACUUUGUCACAAGUGAAGAUGUCAGGAUUUUAAGAGACAUCGAAUGUAUGUCUCAACGCUCGUUUGUUCUGUAG